AUGUUUGCGCUUGCAGUUCUUGGCCUCUUCGGUCUCAUUUCGGCUGGUCGAAUUGUUAUUGGAUUGUUCGGCGACGUCGUUCCGAUCACUGCCGAGAAUUUCUAUAAGCUUGCAACUGGAGCAAAGGGAUUUGGAUAUAAAGGCAGCAAAUUCCAUCGAGUGAUUAAAAACUUUAUGAUUCAAGGAGGAGACUUCACUCGCGGAGAUGGUACUGGUGGUAAGUCGAUCUAUGGUGAUCGAUUCGACGAUGAAAAUUUCGACCUCCAACAUUAUGGACCUGGGUGGGUUUCAAUGGCCAACUCUGGUAGUGACUCGAAUGGAUCUCAGUUCUUUAUCUGCACCGUGAAACCGUCGUGGCUCGACGGACGUCACGUCGUCUUUGGGAAGGUUCUUGAAGGGAUGAGCGUCGUUCGCAAGAUUGAAAACACGGAAACCACUCCAGAAGACCGACCUAAAGAGGACGUCGUAAUUGCUGAUUGUGGUGAAGUGCGACUUACAGCUCCUUUCGAGACCGAGAAGGCUCCAGUCAAGGAGUAG